GGGGGGGGAGGUACAACUAUUAAUCUCUUUGACUAUGCCAGGGUUCAUUUCAUUACUAACUCUGACCCAUACAAGUUCCCAUAUCGAGGCUGGAGCAAAUACUUAGUUCUAGUCUGUGGGCCAGAAAGUGAAACCCUCCCUCCCUCUGAGAUUUUGGGAGACUUGUUAUCUGAAAGCCCUUUCCAUAGUGAUUCCAAAAAUAUAUGUUUACGCUUCUGAAAGCUCUGGGUGUGGCCGUACGGCGUGGUUGUUUAUUCCAGUUAAAAGGUGCCCAAGUCAGAAUUUUUUGAAAAUAAUUGUUUAACUGAACAAAGAUUUAAAAAAAGUAAACCAAACAUUACAUUCUUGCAUCUAAAGGUCCAUUUUUUAAAAUUUAGUGAAAAAUCUGCUAAAAAAGAGCCUCGAAAGAUUUUGGGAGUACCACAGGGUACCCACACUCUCAAAUUAGGAAAAUAAUCAACGCCUUUGGAAUUUGAAAGUGUAAUAUAUUCGGAUGGGCUCCCUGUGUUGUACACCAUAUUUGGAAUGCCUCGUGGCAUGUCGGGGGUUGUUCAGAAAUAAAUGGAGUUCAGUUGUUGUGUUCAACGAGCUGUCUAUUUCUUCGUGAUGUUUUAGUCCCGAAAACAUUACAUCUGGCGACGAGGAUGGGAUCUGUGGAACACCAUGAGUGUCAUCGGUCAACUAAGAGAGUUCGACCGGCAAAAAGAGUCGUUUGAAGCUUACAUUGAGCGGCUUGAAAACUUCAUGAAGGCGAAUGGCGUGCGAAAGGAGAACGAGGUAGCUGUCUUGCUCACUGCAAUAGGUCCUGAAACGUACGGACUGUUGAGGAAUCUUUUGACUCCGGAAAAACCUGACACCAAGACAUAUAAAGAUCUUGUGGAUAUUUUGAGUGGCCAUUUGCAUCCGAAACCCUUGGUUAUUGCCGAGCGAUUCAAUUUUCAUAACCGGUUUCGUCACGACUCCGAAACAGUUGCGGACUUUGGCGCCCAACUAAAGAAGCUUUCAACUCACUGUGAGUUCGGAACUUUCCAAGAUGAAGCUUUGAGAGACCGUUUUGUAUGUGGUCUACGCCAGGAAGCGAUUCAACGGAAACUUUUAACCGAGAAAACCUUGACGUUUGCGAAGGCUUUGGAGAUCGCUCAGUCGAUGGAAAUGGCGGAAUCGAAGUCGUCGGAAUUGAAGGGCUCUGGAUCGUCCGGAUCGGGCUGCGUUGAAGGAGUUCAUCAGCUUGGAAAAAGGCCACAGAAACACAAGAAAUUCACACAGAACAAGGGAGGAAAGCCCAAAACAGCAUGUCAUCGUUGUGGCAGUGCUGAACAUGAUGGUAAAUCCUGUAAAUACAAGAAGUAUAAGUGUGAUAAUUGUGGCAAAGUGGGUCACCUAAAGAGAGUCUGUCAGUCCAAGGAGUGCAAGGAAACCAAGUAUGUUGAAGUUUCAGUGGACAAUGACCAAGAAGAUGAGUCAUUGGGGUUCUUUUCAACUCGUGAACCCAGCAGCAAAGCAGUGACAGUAACUAUCACUGUUAACGGAAAGGAAAUUCCAAUGGAAGUUGAUACGGGAGCUGCACGCACAGUCAUCCCUGAAAAGUUGUUCAAAGAGAAUUUUGGACAUUUGAAACUCAAGAAUGCAAGUACCUCAUUAAAGACUUAUUCUGGAACAGUGUUACCUUUAAUUGGUGAAACCGAAGUUCUAGUUGAGUACGAGGGUCAAAGUGCCAAGUUGCCUCUGAUUGUGGCAAAAGUUGAGAGCAAACCAGCUAUUCUGGGUCGUAAUUGGCUCAGUGUUGUUAAGCUGAACUGGGAGCACCUUUUUAGUGUUUCUUCUUCUGAUUUAGUUCAUGAACUGACUGCACGGUUCAAGGGUGUUUUCGGUACGGGCCUGGGCAAAAUCAAGAACCCUCACUGGUAGUGAAAAGAAUUAUGCCCAGCUAGAGAAGGAAGCCCUGUCCAUUAUUUACGGAGUUAAAAAGUUCCACCAGUUUUUAUAUGGGCGACGAUUUAUUCUGGAGACCGACCAUAAACCACUCCUAACAAUCUUAGGGCCAAAGUCGGCAAUUCCCACACUAGCUGCGGCUCGUCUUCAGAGGUGGGCUUUAAUUUUAGCAUCCCACCAGUAUGAUGUCGUUUACCGUAAAGGUGUCGAUCACAGCAAUGCGGAUGGGCUGUCCAGACUUCCUGUUGAUAAGCCUAGAGUUUCAGAGGAAACUGAAAUUUAUCAUUUCAGUUAUGUGGAUGACCUACCUGUAACGGCAAGGGACAUUGCUAUGGAAACAAGAAAGGAUUCUGUGUUAAGCAAGGUACUUCAUUAUGUGAAAAGUGGCUGGCCACAGCAGACACAGGAGGAGGAAUUACGUCCUUAUUUCAAUCGUCGAUUGGAACUGUCUGUGGAACAAGACUGUGUUCUCUGGGGUCUGCGGGUCAUUAUCCCAGAGGCAUUUCAGGAGAAAAUCCUGCAUGAUCUUCACGCAGAUCACCCAGGUAUGUGUCGCAUGAAGUCUCUCGCACGCAGCUACCUGUGGUGGCCAAAGCUCGAUCAGGCUAUCGAGAACAUGGUGCACCAUUGUGAGGCCUGCCAGUCUGUUCGUAAGCAGCCUGCCACAGCACCUUUGAUCCCAUGGAAAUGGCCUGUUAGAGUUUGGCAACGAGUGCACAUGGAUUAUGCUGUUAAAGACGGAGUGAACUUUUUUGUUGUUGUCGAUGCACACUCAAAGUGGCCUGAGAUUAUUGCUACAUCUUCCACUACUGCACCCAAGACCAUUGAAAUGCUGGCUGGUCUAUUUGCAUCACAUGGAUUACCAGAGGAGAUGGUCUCCGAUAACGGUCCACCGUUCAUUUCUAGUGAGCUGGACAUGUUUAUGAAAAGUAAUGGAAUACGGCAUACACGGGUCCCUCGCUAUCAUCCCGCUUCUAACGGGGAGGCGGAGAGAUAUGUUCAAACUCUCAAGCAGGCGUUACUUACCAGCAAGUUUGAUCAGGGGAAAUCGCUACAGCAACGGCUGUCAAGUUUUCUGUUUUCGUACAGGAACACGCCCCAUACGGUUACUGGGCAGACACCUGCUGAGUUGUUCUUGAAGCGUAAGCCUCGCACACGUUUGGCAUUGCUUCAGCCCAAUCUGGCCCAGCAUGUUGAGGAGCGUCAGAUGAAGGAAAAGCAACAGCAUGAUGGUGGCCGAACAAAAACUCGUGAGUUUCUUCCAGGAGACAUUGUUUUAGUUCGUAACUUCAGAGGAAAACACAAGUGGGAUAAAGGAACAGUGAUCUUGAGAAUCGGUCCCCUAGCAUACCAGAUACGUAUUGGAGGACGAAUGUGUCAUGUACAUGUUGAUCACCUUCUAGCAGCUGGUGAUGCGGAGCACACAUCCCCACCAACUACAGCUACAGCUAUGACUGGGAGUGGCUUUGUUUUGCCCUCUACUCCAGUAGUGUCCUCUAAACCCAUUCUUCCUGAGCCUGAGGUUACCCCUCUACCUGAAGUCUCACCUAAAUCUUCAGAGACUGUUGUUCCUACAUGUACAACUGAGUCACCACCUGACGUGGCCUCUACACCUGUGAGGCGUUACCCAAGGCGUACCCCUAAACCUGUAGUACGUCUGGACUUGUAAAGAGACUAUUAGAUGUAUUUAGCUCUCUAGUCAUUGACAUUGUUUACAUGUUUGUAGCUAGUUCAUUCCAGGAACGGGGAGAUGUAAUAUAUUCGGAUGGGCUCCCUGUGUUGUACACCAUAUUUGGAAUGCCUCGUGGGCAUGUCGGGGGUUGUUCAGAAAUAAAUGGAGUUCAGUUGUUGUGUUCAA